ACUGAACCCAAAACAGAGUCUGCAGAGUGUAGUAUUACUGUUAGACCCCAGUACUAGGCCGCAUUAAGUGUUCCUUUCCCAAUUCUAGCGAACACUCAUCAUAUGGCCUCAUGAAAGCUACGCUAGGCUCCUGAACCGUAGCAAAUGCUGGGGCCCGUGCAUUGUGGAACAGGACCUGACUAGACCCGCAUCGAUUACAUAAUCUACAAUACACCAGUUGCUCUAAUGGAGCUUAUCGGACACAAGGCAUUGGUGACAGGCGCAUCAAGAGGCCUAGGCAAAGCCAUCUCGCAUGAACUCGCAUCCCGUGGAUGCUCGGUGGUCCUUUUGGCCAGAAACAAGCACGCUUUGAGAGAAAACCUCCUCCAACUUCCGUGCAACUCUCCGCAUCAAGUCCAUCUGUACAUUGACUACGACCUUCUAGACGUGCUACAAGAGCCCCUCGACCCUCGCAUCUCAGAAGAGCUCAAGGGAGUUUCUGCAUUGGUCAACUGUGCGGGAAUCAGCAAUUAUGUGCUUCUUCCACGGUUAAUGAACAAGUACAUCGAGAGCACCAUCGCGUUGAACUUGAUAGCUCCAAUUGUUCUAUCGAAGCACGCCUACAUGCCCAUGUUGAAGUCGGCGUCCAGAAUAUCCAAGGCACCUUCUGGCACACUAAAGCGUCCAGUCAUACUCAACAUAUCCUCGGUGUUGUCGUUGACGGAUAAGACUCUUGCUGGAACUUCUGUCUACGCAGCCAGCAAGGCAGGGCUAUUGGGCUUCACCACCUCACUAGCCAAUGAGCUCAAAGGCAAAGUCCGGGUCAAUGCAUUAUUGCCAGGAUUGGUUCCUGGCACAGACAUGGGUGCCUCUGCACAUCUCGACGGGGAAUUAGGUGCAGUGACCAUCGAGGAUGUCGUAAAGGAAGUAGCUCGGAUCAUUUGCGACGAUACUGUUAAUGGAGAAUGUGUGAUACUAGAUGGUGGUAACAGCAAGUUCAUAGAAGCAACGAUUAAAGAAUAAAAUAAUUGGAGAGUGUCAUUAUAAAUGGUUAUCCUAUAAAUACAGCUGUUCCAUGUAGAUAGUAUUGUGUGCAAUUUCAUUUUUUAUUUCUAUUCAUAUU